UUUGUGAUUGUUGUUGUUGACGUUGUUUGUUUUUGUUGGCGUGUUGCGAGUGGAAAGAAUUCACACAAAAUUCAUUCAUAUUUAGGUAUUUUAUUAAGUUUUGGAAAUAAGUGCAUUCAGAAAAUACAAUAAUGUUAAAUAAAUUAAGAUUAUCAUUAAGGCUGUUUCAGUCAAUCAUCGCUUGUCGACAAUCAUACCCACAAAGUUACAGAAUACUUUCACAGUUUCGGAUAAUUCAAAGAAAAACUUUCAUGCUAUCAGCAUUAGCAUUUCUAUGGCCAGCAAAAAAAUUGAGUGAGCAAUCUGUAGAAAAGAAGGCCAACCAGAUUCAAAGUAUUGUUGAGACUUCUGAUAAUUUAUUUGACAAUGGUCAUUUUGAAGAAUGCUACCAGAUACUUAAAUCUUCCAGUGAAAAAGACAUAGAAAUUUAUUGGCGUAUAUGUCGUGUCAUGUAUAACAUGUCAAAAGAAGUUAAAUAUGAUGUGGAAUACCGGAAACUCCUUGUAAUGGAUGCUUAUAAAUUAAUUUCUGAACAUCUUCAAGAUAACUAUGAUCGUUAUGAAGUACACAAGUGGUAUGCUUUACUGUUAGAUGCAAAAAGCGCCUAUGAGGGCACCAAAGAAAGAAUAAAGCAAUUGGAAAAUGUACGCAAACACAUGGAUCUGGCUGUCACCUUAAAUCCAACUGAUGCGACCACAUUACACAUGCUGGGCGAAUGGUGUUUCCAAGUUACAGAACUACCUUGGCAUCAAAGAAAAAUUGCAGAAGUUUUAUUUGCAUCUCCUCCAUACUCAACAUAUGAGGAUGCUCUUGAGUACUUUAUGAGAGCAGAAACUGCUCAACCUAGAUUUUACAGUUUAAAUUUAUUGAGACUUGGGACAUGCUAUUUGAAACUUAAUAAAGAAGAUCAAGCAAAAUAUUAUUUAAAAUUAGCAGCAAGCUAUCCAGCGAAGUCUAAUGAUGACCAUCGUGCCAAUAAAGAAGCUAGUGAGCUGCUGAAAAAAAUAAAAUGACAGUUUUGCAGAUAAUUGUAAGGAGCCACGAUCCGUCAAGUGAAAAUGGGGAUAACCAUUUAACCAUUGUUUCGAUGAUAGCAGAAAGUCCUAGAAAACUGCUCCAGUGAAAUCUGCUUGCUUCCUAAAUAUAUUUAAGUUUCCAGUGUACAAUUUGAUGUAUUCCACUACUAUUAAUAGUAGGAUAUAAGUUAUAAUUUCAAUAAAUAGAAAACUUAAUUAAAAUGAACUCAAAUUAAACUUAAGCUAAAACUACUUAUAAAAAAGAAAUAAGAAAAGAUGAUUACAAACUACAAUUUAAUUCACAAAUUGUACAGACCUUGCAUAGAUCAACAUGCGGGAGUGUGCCCAGAAGGCUGGCAGAACUGCCAUUUUGAAUAAUAAUAAAUAAUAUUAAGAAGAGUAUUUUUACAUUUCGAAAAUAGGCAGUUUUAUGAUUAUGCAUUUCUGAAAAGUUAGGCCACUUUUUAUACAAUGAUUUACCUAUUUUACCUGCUAUUCUAAUGUUGUAUCUCUAUCAAUCGGUCAGAUCGAUUUAGUCAUGUGAGAAAAUUUUUGUUUAUAUGCCUUUAACUACCAAUAAGCUAAAUUGCUGCCAUCCACGAAAAUAAAUUUGACCCACCGUAAUGUUUAAUUAAGACACCACUUAGGAUAACAAAAUUUAAGACACUGCUUAAGUCUUAAUCAAUGUUUUAGUUAAGACGUUCUUAAUAGGCUAAUUAGGAAAUGUUUAUGAAUAAGGCUGUAAGUCUCUAUGUUAAUUUUAAUGAAAUAUAUUUUUAAAGUUUA